AUGCUCACCAAACAAGCAUUCGGUCCGAAUACUCAGACACUCACAACGCUAUUCAAAGCACUAAUCCGCAACAAAAUUGAUUAUGGCAUCAUAGCCUACGGUGUCACUAACCUCACCAACUUAGCUAAAAUCGACAUCGUUUGUCGAGGAAUCCUACGGAUGAUACUGGGAGCUUUCAGAUCCACACCGGUAGAUAUCCUCUACACUGAGCUAGGACUGGAACCGAUCAAAAGAAGAUUUAAAUGGCUCAUGGCCCGCUACUUAAUCAAACUGAGCAACCAACCCCAUAACUCGACAUAUCAAUCAGCCAACAACAUUACAAAAACCCCUCAACAUGGCCCCUUAGAAGCACCCCGAACAUCUUCUCAAUGCUCGAGGAAAAUCCCUCCACCCUGGACCACUACACCUCACACGACAUCCUACUUCUCAAUGUCGAAAACGGAUUCCAAAGACAAUCAAUCCAAAGCCCGAGCGAUGAUAACAAACGACCUAAGGAAAAUACCCCCGACUUCCCUAAUUGGAUUCACGGACGGAUCGGUAACACCAGUCUCCGCUUCGCGCUCGUUCAUAUUUCCCGAUAACGGACUCAAAGGCGCCUGGCACCUCACCCCCGGAUCCAGCAUUCAAACGGCUGAACUACAUGGAAUUCUAAAAGCCCUAGAAGCCAUCUACCACACAGAGCCCGGACCCCCAGGGCUACAUAUCUUCACUGACUCCCAGCAGGCCUUACUGGCAAUCAAUUCAACCCCUAGACUCCCUCAAAACCCAGUUACCUUAGAAAUAUGGAGCAUUAUUCAAAACCUAAAAGAUGCAGGUACUCGAACUCACCUUAACUGGAUCCCAAGCCACAUUGGCAUUUCUGGUAAUGAACAGGCUGACAAGCUGGUCAACGAUCAGCAGCACAUUCCCCCUUCAUGCAACAUCCAAAACCCUCUCACUGCACCUGAAUUAAUUAAAUCACCUGGGCAUCCUCGAUUGGCACCAUCACCCAAUCAGAUCUAUCAGCACCACACUCCACAGGCUCAGAUCUGGACACAAUAG